AGCAUUCUUUGUCGCGACUGUCGGAAAAGAAAAUCACCUUCUGGCGGCCCAGCUUGGGAGCAGCUGUCCGAGCGAGGCGUCGUCCGCAUCCAGCAUGGUCUGGCUCUGGGAAGACCAUGGCACAUUCGUACCCAAAGUCGGGUAUCUGCAUAACUGGUGGCAACAACGGCCAAGACUAGCUGUACGUCGAAGGGUAUCGACGUUUAUACCGGUAAGAAGCUAUCGGUUUGUGGUAGAUCUAAAGACUGUAGAAAAUAGCCCAUACACACUGAGGCUGAUCCGGAGUUCCCACCGAAAGGUGAAAGCCAUAGCGCAAAUGACAUGGACUGCGUGUCGUGUUGCAUCAUGUGUGACAGUGUUGUGCAACAGAAAACCGUUUGGUAGGGCAGUGGUCUAGCGAAGGCUUCCCGUGUCAGCGCAAGUACUCUCGCCAUGAGAUAGCACUUAGCAGUAAGACUUUGUAACAUAGGCCCGGUGGAGGUGCUCCAUCAUUCUACUCCCCUGGCAUCAAACACCGUUUGCCUGGAGCGCUGUGCCGCAGAAAGUCAAGACCAAAAGUGUGAAGACAGGUGUGCGCAGCGAACAAGACAAAGACUGUGAUAAAGAAUGGUGCAGAUACAUUGCAGUGUCACUUUCGUCCUCGUCCUGGCGGCUGUGUCCAUUUGCCUGCAGGCGCAUGCAAACAGUGCUGAAUGGAAGUCUUGUGGUCGGCUUGGGAUAGAAUAUAUGUUUGUCAACCAGACUAUAAACUUUAGUGAAGCCGUGAAGUAUUGCAAGAGCUUUCGGAAUGGCAGCAAGUUAGCAAUUCCACGUAACGGUGCUGAGAAUCAGUGUAUCAACCAGACUAAGCCAAGUAAGACAACAAACUGGAUUGGCAUUCGAUCACAUGAUGUCUACCCAUCGUUCAAGUGGAUAUCAGUUGAUGAUAACCAGACAAUAAUGUACACAAAUUGGAGCAAAGGUCAGCCAAGCCCACCAGAUCAACUCACACAACUGUGCGUAGCAAUGUGGUAUCAACCUUUUUACAAUACCCGUGGCUCUAAAUGGGAUAAUGUUCAUUGCUCGGCCAAACUCUCUAUUGUGUGUCAACGACCAGUCAUCAACGACCUACCACCGUCGACAUCCGUUUUACAAACUACUGUGACAACAUCAGUGCAAACUACAAGUGCACCAACAACCCAGCCCAGCUAUCUGCCGGAUUCAAACCUCACAGGAUCCAGCACAGGAUCCAGCCUCACAGGAUCCAGCCUGAGUGAAACACCCAGCAACAGUGUGCACAGUGAUGUGGGAGGUCCAAAUGUGUCCCAAAAGCCACCACAAAAUACCGGCUCGAGCACAUCCAGUUCAGGCGACUUCACUUUCAUAGCAAUAGGAGCAGCAAUGACGGUGCUUGCUCUGGUGGUCAUCAUUGUUGUUCUUGCUCUGGAGUGUAGACGAAGGAAACGAAAGGACACGGGUGCCAACGGCAAUGGGAGCGCACCACAACGGCCAUGCCUAUAUGUGAACACUGCCUGCCUGCCUGUCAGUCAGGAUAGCUGUGAUCACGUGUCAGCCGAGCCUGUCAGUCAGGAUAGCUGUGAUCACGUGUCAGGCAGUAUUUCCGGUGUAAACAAACCAGGCCAGCAGCUAUCAGCAACUGGACAGACAUGUGCAGGACCGUACCCGGAUCAAGUAGCGUUUGCUGAACUGAGCGAUGCGAUUUCCCAUGACUCACAGCCAUGCCACUCCGGAGUGAAUUUGCAAGAAGCCCGUCAUGGUGACGGCAGGAGAGAGGACGUGAGUGUGGAUGCGAGGCAAACUCCUGAAAAUGAUGCCAACUGCUCCAUUGGCUGCUCUACCGGCGGAGCUGAAGCAAGAGCGGAGGGUGACGUAACCCUUCCUGAUGGAAUGACAGCAAUAGAAGCUCAUGGGUUUCUCUUCUUGUCUCCCAAGCACAGCAACGUCACCGGUGAGGGACCUAAUGCGACUGCAAGUAUGUUCAGCUCGGUGUAUCCGACAGCUCAACAAAGCAAGCGCAGCAAACUUGGACUAACUACUCGCGGUUCAGAAACACUGCCUGCGACUCCGACAGUCUACACCAACAUGAACGUCGCGAGUGAUUUCGCCAGCUCUAGCUUGUGCUCUUCAGUUGCUUGACUAGACACGUGCCUGUCAGCCAGCAACCCAGGCUGCCGUUUCUGCUGUAAUGUCCCCAGUCUACAGCCUGGACUGUCAGCAUGCCUGUGUUUUCUACAAUCACGGACUCUUCUCAAUUUAAUUGUGCUGUGUGUUGCUCUUAUGUAUCGUAUCUUUCCGGAAAAAUUUAACUUGAAUAAUGAGAAUUAUCAGCCAAAGGCUAUGCAUACACUCAUGAGCAGUGUAACGGUGCGUUUACUCUAAGAACGUUUUGUUUUGAUGAUGUUCACUGUAUUGUUGGAGUGCAUGAAUGUAUUAUAGUGACAGACAAAGAUAAUCAAGGUAUUUCACUUUUAAAACUAGUCCAAGUGAAAGGUUUCCUACUUGUGAGAACUCUCCAACUCCACUGCAGUUUUUUUCUUUCCACUUGAAAAUACAUCCAUUCCCGAACAGGCUCCUCGCUGCAAAAAAUGA